AUGUUCCUGUGGAUGCAUGUUGAUCAAAAACAGCCUUGCACUUGGACUGAAGCCUGUGAUUACACAGUGCAUGCUCACCAGAAAGGUGGACAUACGAGUCAACACCUUCAUCAAUGGACUCAUUCGUUUAUUGAGGACUGUGAUGACCUUCCAAUUAACCUUUAUGGCAGUUGGAUCAUGUCACUGCUUGACAAAGGGGACCUCACAAAAGAUAUUCACAACCACCUGCAAAACAUUGGAAAAUAUGUGAGAGCACAGGAUGUUGUUGACUACCUUGCACAAAGUAAAGUGCAGCAGAAAUACAAGCUCAAGAGCUCAAUUUCCCUUGCAACUGCUCAGUGUUGGAUGCAUAUGAUGGAUUACCACUGGACCAAGAUGCCAUCAGGGCAAUACAUCGAUGGACAUGAAAGGAAUGAUGUUGUUACAUACCAUCAGACAAAAUUUCUCCCA